AUGCGUUCCUGGUACGGACGGGGGAAACCCCUGCAGAAGGCAAUUACAGCAUGCUGUCUCGUUGCGUUCAUUUUGUUUGGAUACGACCAAGGAGUUUUCAGCAGCAUUGUUACCAAUGAGAAUUGGAAGAAGCAAUUCAACUAUCCUAACGAUUCGAAGGAAGGAAUUAUAGUUGCUAUAACCUUGGUUGCCUUAAACUUCUUUGUUGGAGAAAAUCUGGGUCGUCGGAAGACAAUGUGGCUUGCAAUGGCUGUGGUCAUUGUUGGUGCUAUUCUACAAACUGCUGCUUUUACAGUACCUCAUUUGGGUAUUGGUCGAAUCGUGACUGGCGCAGGCACAGGAAUCAAGACAUCUACUGUCCCAAUGUAUCAAGCGGAAAUGUGCGAAGGAAAAACUCGAGGCCGCCUCAUUUCUUCAGAAGUCCUUUUCACCGCUGUUGGAAUCGUCAUUGCAUAUUGGUUAGAUUUUGGCAUUUCUUAUACCGAUGGUGCCAUUGCUUGGCGUCUACCCAUCGCGAUUCAGAUCUUUUUCGCAAUAUUCGUCAUCGUGCUUGUAUUUGGCCUGCCGGAAUCCCCUCGAUGGCUUAUGAAUCAUGGCAGAGAAAGAGAGGCAGUGGACGUGUUAUGUGCAGUCUAUGAUCUAGAGGAGCACGAUGAUUUCAUUGUUAAGGAGCACAGAGCAAUCCAGUCUGCUCUCGAGCUGGAUAACUUUUCUAGCAAGAAAUCUGUUUGGAAAAUCUUCCGGAAUGAUGAAAUCAAAACGGGCCAGCGAGUUCUGCUUGCUUGGGGCAUGCAGCUGAUGAAUCAGGUUGGAGGGAUCAAUAUGAUUGUCUACUACAUACCAACGGUCCUGCAGAAUAAUGUCGGACUUACUGGAAAGCUUCCAUCAAUCCUGGGUGGAUGCGUUGAAGUCAUGUUCAUGAUCGGCUCUCUUCUUCCAGCAUUUAUGCUAGAUCGAAUGGGACGUCGUCGAACAAUGAUGAUUGGUUCAUUUGGCCUAGGCGUAUGUAUGCUCAUGAUCGCGGCCCUUCUCUCUCAGGUCAAUGAGCCUCACGGGAAGGAAUACGCCUCUGCCUCUGUCGCAUUCUUUUUCUUGUAUAUGCUCAUCCAUGGCAUGUCUAUUAACUCCGUGCCUUGGGUGUAUGUGCCCGAGAUUCUUCCUUUGGAAGCCCGUACCAAAGGAACUGCCAUCGGCGUCAGUUCAAAUUGGCUGUGGAAUUUCACUAUUGUCAUGAUAACGCCAGUUAUUAUCAACCGCAUCCAGUGGAAGGCCUAUAUCAUAUUUAUGAUGACAAAUUUUCUUUUCAUCCCGGUUGUUUACUUCUUCUACCCCGAAACUGGCAACUUGCGGUUGGAGGAUGUUGACUUAAUUUUCUCUCGUGGAGGCGAUCCUGUGAAACAGGCCAGACUACUAGCAGCGGAACUGAAGGCCAAUGGCCGCAUUGAAUCCGAUGAUAAUCUCGACGAGAAGGAGAUUGAGGCCGUUGUGAUCGAACAUGCUUGA